AUGCCUCUAGCUAAUAUCAACGACAGUGAGGUUGACAUUGUGAUAGGAGCACUUCAGUCGGACCUGACAUCAUUUAUGAAUGAAUGGAGAACCAUAUUCUCCCGAUUCCACUUGAUAAUUGUCAAAGACCCUGAUCUCAAAGAGGAACUCAAAAUACCAGAAGGCUUUAAUUUUGAUGUCUAUUCUAAGUCUCAUAUUGACCGGGUAGUGGGCUCUUCUUCCUCCAUAGUAUUCUCUGGCUACUCAUGCAGGUAUUUUGGCUUUCUUGUAUCUCGUAAGAAAUACAUUGUCUCGUUUGAUGAUGAUUGCAUCCCAGCUAAGGACAGUAAGGGUUUUCUAAUUGAUCCUGUGGCUCAGCAUCUUGCUAACCUGACAACUCCAGCUACUCCUUUUUUCUUUAAUACUCUCUAUGACCCUUAUCGUGAGGGAGCAGAUUUCGUUCGUGGGUACCCCUUUAGCCUGCGGAAUGGGGUUACAUGUGCUCUCUCAUGUGGACUCUGGCUUAAUUUGGCGGACUUAGAUGCACCUACACAAGCCCUGAAACCUCAACAGAGGAAUUCUCUAUACGUUGAUGCGGUGAUAACUGUUCCAUCUAGGGCCAUGAUGCCCGUCAGUGGAAUCAACAUUGCUUUCGAUCGCGAGUCUGUGGGGCCUGCUUUGUUGCCAGCGUUGAAGCUGGCUGGGGAAGGAAAGUUUAGAUGGGAAACAAUGGAAGAUAUAUGGAGUGGGAUGUGUCUUAAGGUUGUAUGCGAUCACCUCGGUCUUGGUGUGAAAAGUGGGCUACCUUAUGUUUGGAGACAAGACAGAGGUAGUGCGAUAGAGAGCUUGAAAAAAGAGUGGGAAGGGGUAAAGCUGAUGGAGGAAAUUGUCCCUUUCUUUCAGUCAAUGAGGUUACCACAAACAGUAGCUACAACAGAAGACUGUGUCAUUGAGAUGGCAAGAACAGUGAAGCAGCAGUUGGGACCGUCAUCUCCUGUUUUCACUCGCGCAGCUGAUGCCAUGGUGGAAUGGGUCAAGUUAUGGAAGGCGGUUGGGUCUGGUUCAUCUCCAUUGUAG